UUAACGUAAAACGUAUUAUGGCCCGAUUCUUUAAUGACCAGCUUGUGUAUAAGAAAUAUGAAAUAUAACAAUUUUUCCAAUCAAUUCAAAGACGAAAACUUAAGAUGGCGGCGACAAAAUCGGUUAUAUAACGGCGACCGCAGAACCCGCGAGAUAGCCUUCCGUUUUUUGUGUCUCAGAAAUCUUUCGAAUGGAAUUUUUACACAAUUAUCGCGAUUGAAACUGUUUUUGUUUUGAAAUUUGUUUUUUGCACCUUCCUCGAGUGCGUUGUUGUCGAGGAGAGAGUCGAGUACCCUUAAGGACCGAUAAGAUAAUAACGGACGAAGUUAUAGUCAUUAUGAUGUUCGUCGCCGCUUCAAAUGUGAAAAAGACAUGUUCCCGAGAGCAUCCAUAUUGGGACUCCUCUGUGUGGCGGCGGCCGAGGCCGCCUACGAUGCCAAUUGGGCCAGCCUGGACUCCAGGCCGUUGCCUUCGUGGUACGACGAGGCCAAGGUCGGCAUCUUCCUGCACUGGGGCGUCUAUUCGGUACCCAGCUUUGGUUCCGAGUGGUUCUGGGCCAACUGGAGGACGGGCGGCAGCAACAACGAAUACGUCGACUACAUCGAGAAGAACUACCCGCCGGGAUUUUCGUAUCAGGAGUUCGCGAAAGACUUCACCGCCGAGUUUUUCAAUCCCGCCGACUGGGCCGACUUGUUCGUUAAAUCGGGAGCGAAGUACGUGGUGCUGACGAGCAAACACCACGAGGGGUACACGCUGUGGCCGUCCAAGUACUCGUACAGCUGGAACUCGCAGGACGUCGGGCCCCACAGGGAUUUAGUGGGGGACUUGGGCGAGGCGGUCCGGGCGGCCAACCUCACCUUCGGCGUGUACCACUCGCUGCUCGAGUGGUACAAUCCGAUGUACCUCGAAGCGAAAGAGAACUACGACGCGAGAAGCUUCGUCGACAACAAGGUCCUGCCAGAACUCUACGAGCUGAUUAACAACUACGAGCCUGCGAUACUGUGGUCCGACGGCGACUGGGAGGUGCCCGACUUCUACUGGAACUCCACCGAGUUCCUCGCCUGGCUCUACAACGAAAGUCCCGUCAAAGACUACGUCGUUACAAACGAUCGGUGGGGUUCAGGAAUACCCUGCAACCACGGCGGCUUCUUCACGUGCAAUGACCGAUAUAAUCCCGGCACGUUGCAGGAACACAAAUGGGAAAACGCGAUGACCAUCGACCGCGUGUCGUGGGGUUACCGACGCAACGCGAAACUAGCCGAGUACUUGACCACGGAGGAGCUGCUCAGUGAGCUGGCGUCGACGGUGAGCUGCAACGGCAACCUGCUCAUAAACGUGGGUCCCACCAAGGACGGUCUCAUCCAUCCCAUCUUCGAGGAGCGGCUCCUGCAGCUGGGCGAUUGGCUCGCCAUCAACGGCGAGGCGAUUUACUCGAGCCGGCCCUGGACCGCUCAGCAAGACAGCGCCAACGAGAACGUGUGGUACACGACCAAAGAUGGCGCCGUAUACGCGAUAGUGCUCGGAUGGCCCGUCGGCAACAAGGUGGCGCUAGGAUCGGUCUCGGAAUUGCUGUCGGACGCCGGCGUCGUGACGCUGUUGGGUAACGACGGCGAACUCGAGUGGGCCGUCGACGACGGCGUCGUGAGAGUGAGCCUUCCCGACCGGGCCGUCGUGCGCAGCGAAAGGGCCUGGGUUUUGAAAAUAAUCGCCUGAUUGUGCGCAAUAAAUUCGUUUUGAUUG